CAAUUCCCGCUUCGAAAUGUUAUCGGGAAAUUUUUCCUUCCAUUUUGUCCCGUGUGAAAAAAUCCUCGACUUCGAAAAUCAUCUUUACACAUAACUCUGUUAACAUAUGCAAAUUGAUAUCCCUACGUUAAACGUAAGACACCACUAAAUUAAUCCUUAAUUUUUAGCUGAUGAUUUUUGAUAUUUCAUAUUUCAAAAACCUAUGUACUAAUUUCCAACUCCAUUUAACAUUGCAAUUACACGCUGUUACUAAACCAUGCACAUGCUAUGUAGUAAAACUCCUACUCAAAGUUUUUCACUAUCCCGCUUCCAAGAAACUUGUUUGCGUGUUCUUUCAUUCUGCAACUCAAAUUCCCUCAAAGAAGGAAUAUGCAUUCAUAGCCCCAUAAUCAAAUUGGGUCUUCAACAUGAUUUGUAUUUAAACAACAAUUUGUUGUCUUUAUAUGCUAAAUGCUUUGGUCUUCAUCAUGCACGCCACUUGUUCGAUGAAAUGCCUGACAAAGAUGUCGUAUCAUGGACUACGGUUCUGUCUUCACACACCAAGAAUAAGUAUCAUUUUGAUGCCCUUGAAUUGUUUGAUAUGAUGUUAGGAUCGGGUCAGUAUCCGAACGAGUUUACGUUGUCGAGUGCUUUAAGAUCGUGUUCUGCUUUAGGGGAGUUUGAUUGUGGGACAAAAAUUCAUGCUUCUGUUGUGAAGCUUGGGUUAGAGAUGAAUCCUUUUCUUGGUACUUCGUUGAUCGAGUUUUAUACAAAAAGUUGUUGUAGUACUUUUGAAGUUUAUAAAUUGCUUUCGUUAGUGAAGGGUGGUGGUGAUGUUGUGUCUUGGACAACAAUGGUUUCUUCUUUAGUGGAAACUGGUAAAUACGGUGAAGCUUUUGGAGUUUACGUAAAAAUGAUUGAAGCAGGUGUUUACCCAAAUGAAUUCACAUUUGUUAAACUCUUAGGUGCGGCGUCUUCUUUUCUCGGUUUGGCUUAUGGAAAACUGCUGCAUGCACAGUUAAUCAUAUUUGGUGCUGAAAUGAAUUUGGUCUUGAAGACAGCCAUUGUUGAUAUGUAUUCAAAAUUCAGACAGAUGGAAGAUGCUAUUAAGGUCGCCAAUAUGACACCUGAAUACGAUGUGUGCUUAUGGACAACCAUUAUCUCUGGAUUCAAUAAAAAUUUGCAAGUUAGAGAGACUGUCGGUGCAUUUCUUGAUAUGGAAUUAUCUGGCAUCCUACCAAAUAAUUUUACAUAUGCUAGUUUAUUGAACGCUAGCUCCUCAAUUUUAUCAUUGGGCCUAGGGGAACAAUUUCAUUCGCGGGUUAUCAUUAUUGGACUUGAGAAUGAUCUUUAUAUAGGAAAUGCACUGGUUGAUAUGUACAUGAAAUGCUCCCACAGCACUACAAAUGCUGUGAAAGCUUUUAGAGAGAUAGCAUCACCAAAUGUCAUCUCUUGGACUUCUUUGAUUGCUGGUUUUGUAGAAAAUGGAUUAGAACAGUCUUUUCAGGUGUUUUCCGAGAUGCAAGCAGCAGGAGUACAACCGAAUUUCGUUACACUGUCUACGAUUCUUGGAGCAUGCAGCAAAGUGAGGUCUCUUGUUCCGACAAUGAUGCUCCAUGGACAUAUCAUAAAAACAAAAGCAGACAUAGAUAUAGCUGUUGGUAAUGCUCUUGUAGAUGCUUAUGCUGGAGGGGGGAUGACAGAUGAGGCAUGGUCUGUAAUUGGUACGAUGAAUCAUAGAGAUUCCAUCACAUACACAUGUUUAGCCGCAAGAUUAAACCAGAAGGGGGAUCAUGGAAUGGCAUUAAAAGUUUUCGUUCACAUGUGCAAUGAUGGGAUUAAAAUGGAUGAAUUUAGCUUGGCAAGUUUUUUAUCUGCUGCAGCUGGCUUAGGCACUAUGGAAACUGGAAAGCAGCUGCACUGUUAUUCUGUCAAAUCAGGCUUCCAUAGAUGUAACUCAGUUUCAAACAGCUUAGUUCACUUGUACAGCAAAUGUGGUAGUAUUCACGAUGCAAAUAGAGCUUUCAAAGAUAUAAGUGAGCCAGAUGCAUUUUCAUGGAACGGUUUGAUAUCUGGAUUGGCAUCAAAUGGAUAUAUUUCCCAUGCUCUUUCUACUUUUGAUGACAUGAGGUUAGCAGGAGUUAAACCUGAUUCUGUUACACUCUUAUCACUGAUUUCUGCUUGCAGUCACGGUGGUUUAUUGGAUCUUGGUCUGGAGUAUUUCUAUUCUAUGCAAAAAGUAUACCAUAUAACACCAAAGUUAGAUCACUACGUCUGUUUAGUUGAUCUCCUUGGUAGAGGUGGUCGACUAGAGGAAGCUAUGGGAGUUAUUGAAACAAUGCCUUUCAAGCCAGACUCUUUGGUUUGCAAAACUUUAUUAAAUGCUUGCAAUUUACAUGGAAAUGUUGCCUUGGGAGAAGACAUGGCAAGGCGAUGUCUUGAGCUUGAUCCAUCUGAUCCUGCAAUAUAUUUGCUGCUUGCAAACUUGUAUGACAAUGCUGGACUGUCUGAUUUUGGAGAGAAGACACGUCGGUUGAUGAGAGAAAGAGGUUUAAGGAGAAGUCCUGGGCAGUGUUGGAUGGAGAUACGGAGCAGAAUUCAUCACUUCUCUGCAGGAGAGAAGAUUGACGAGGACGAGAUUAAUGAAAAAUUGGCGUUUCUUAUAACUGAAUUCAGGAAUAGAGGGUAUCAAUACCAAGAGAGUGAAGAUAAGAUAUACCAUUCAGAACAGUUGGCAGCUGCAUAUGGUGUUCUUAAUGUACCGACUAUGGCUCCAAUACGCAUAUACAAGAAUUCACUGAUCUGCCCUCACUGCCAUACUUUUAUGAUGCUUGCCACACAAGUGGUUGGUAGGGAGAUAAUUUUGAGGGAUAGGAAACGGUUCCAUUUCUUUAAGGAUGGCCAGUGUUCUUGCAGAGGCCACUCAUGAUGCAGAAGCGUUUCCUUGUAUUUUCUGAAUAUAUUGCAUGGGUGAUUCUUGAAUUUGUCUGUCAUAUAUGUUGUAGCAAGUUGUAUUGCAAACCACUCAAACACAGAGCUCGAGAGUAGUUCCGACCGAUGGAGUGUUUAUCUUCGUUAGAGAAGGUAUUUGUUUAAUUUAAUUUCUUUUCUCUUAAUCAACUUUUAAUUGUUGCUUAUCUAAGUUCAAGAUCAUUGUCUUAUUUUCCAAAGAAAAUCAUUCUCUUAGUAAUCAUUUUCCAUUUAAAAGUAAAAUUUGGGCAAUACAUGUAUUUGUCUGUGUGUUCUUCCCUUUAUUUUCUCUUUUAUCAUUUGGCAUUUUAAAUCUUCACACCUAUGUAAUCACAAAUCACAAGGUAAAUAAGAAGGAUCCAGAUCAAAAAGUUGAUCAUCUUCAUGCAAACUAUAUCUGAGUCUAUGUCUAUAGUUUUAUACCGGUGUCAUGCAGUCUAAGUCUUCAUAAUUUAUCUUUAUUUUAAUCACACAAUUUGGAUAAAAUGAUUAAGAAUUGCAAUUGAAACCGAGUUUGAAUUUUGUAUCCAUUUAUUUAUUUAUUUAUGUACUUCGAUGUUACUACCUCUCUGGUUCUAAAUUUAGAUUAAAUAUAUCGAUUUUUCUUGAUCUAACUUUUUCUUAUAUUAUACUCCUAUAUAAGACUAGAUAGGGAGUAUUUAUUUGCCAUGUUGACAACUAUACCAACAAAACUUCAAAGUUUGACUCGGUCAAAAAAAAUAAAUCAUUUUUUUGUUUUCAAAAUAUUUUAUUAUCUUCAUAAAAAAAAAAAAAAAUUAAAUCUUUUGUUGACAUAUUGGCAGGUAUUUGGUGGAAGAUUUUUACGGUACUAUUCUACGUGGAACAUUAAAAAACAUGACUUUGAUAUGCGAAUCAAAACUACAUUUAAGAAUCUCAAAGAUGCAACCACAAAACUCGAGAACAAUUUAAAUUUAAACUAUAGCUAAAACUAUUUAUAUAUAUUUUUUCUUAUGUGCUUUUGAAACAAUGCACUAGUACAUAAGAAAAUGUUCCCAAAUUUUUCUUAAUCUAUUUAUUUACAAAAUAAAAACAUAAAAACUCAACCGUGAAAGUGAUUGAAACCCAGCGGACUGAAUUUAUUGGCCAUUGUUGGAUUGUGGAAUAUCACAACCAUCUUCGCCUUCUUCAUCGGUUUCAAUUUCCAUGUCAAUGUCUUCUUCUUCCUCACCAAAAGAGUUUGGUGCUAAAGAGGAGGAGCAAGAAGUCGCCGUGUUGGGUUGACAAGAAAUUGAAGUGGGUGGUUGUAUCGCCGGAGACUUGGUUCGUGUACUUCCAGCGAGCGAGUUCCGGUGAGUCGGUCUAGGGUGGUUGUGAUCUCCUGUGUACGUCACAAUAAACAUGUCCGCUUCGGUGUUGCUCCUUUCAACUUGCUUUCGCGCGGUACAACCUUUGGAACUACUACAUCUAUAAUAGUUCCUAAUAAUACAACAACAGAGAGUUAAUUUUGUUAGUAUUUUUUUUUGAGAAAUCGAAGGUUCAAUAGAACUCUUAGCUGAAUUGACUAUGUUAUGUAAUCAAUGUUUUAAAUUUUUAAAUAGAGACGUAGUGUCAAAUCUUACUGUGAGAAGUGUAGUAUAGUAUCAAAUUGAUUUUUUUUUAUUAAGUUUAUAUGUAUACCUUGGAUAUGGAGAACCUUUAAUGGGUUUUUGUCCGUAUUUUCUCCAUGCCCACAAAUCUGUUGAGAGGUUAUCCGCAGUUACAUGACACACCAUUUUCCCUUGUUGACUUUUUCUGUUGAAUAAGAAAAAGCAAAUAUAUACAUUUAAAUGUAAA